AUGGCUGGUCUUGUCGUACGGGGUAUUUAUUCGUACUCAAUAUGGAUGGCUUUCGGCAUGAGUAAGAUCACCUUGUUAGCCAAUCCUGAUGAAUUCUGCAUUCAUCAUAUUUCACGAUAUUCACCGGUUGUCAGAGACGUAAAGCCGAACUGGCAUACACAGCAGUUCAACGGAAGCUUUUUACAUCAAAACAUAUAUCGACAACCAGCGAGUCCAGAGGUCGACGCAGCGUGGGCGGCGCUCGGCGUGAACUAUCGAAGCGUGGUCGUACCCGAGAACGAAGCUGGACAAAUGGGGCUGCGGCCUGACCAAGUCAAAGUGAGCCAAGAGUAUGGUGGUGGAUUCCCAGCGAAUGUCGAAGGCCUGCAUCACCUGCAUUGUUUGGACCUCCUCCGCAAGACGCUGCAUUGGAACUACGACUAUUACUUGGCCAAAAAGCAAGGACCUUUCGUGAACAGCGAGUAUAUUGUGCGCGUGCACACGACACAUUGCUUGGAUAUCUUGCGACAAACUCUAAUGUGCAACCCGGAUAUCGGUGUGUUCGGUCAAGUGUGGUGGCAAGCUGGAGGCGAGUCGGAGCCGACGCCCUUUGUCGACUUCAACUCAAAGCAUCGAUGCCGGGAUUUCGAGGCCAUACGCGAGUGGGCAGAGGCGCAUCAGUUGCCACCUGAGGCGACAGUGAAUAUGAGUCGCUUCUACGAGAAGCCAAAACCAGGGGAUUUCAUCUCCCCAGAAAUACCUUAG